AAACGUUAUGUUAACUUAGGAAGAGAGCACCUGCAACAUGUCAGACAGCAAAAUAAAACACGUUGUGGCUGAUUCUGGGGCUUUCAUACGCAACGCCCCUCUUAAUAGCAUUGGUGAAAAGAUCUACACAGUUCCUAAAGUGGUGAACGAAAUCAAGGAUAAGGCCACCCUUCAGAGAUUACAGUUUUUACCAUAUCAACUAAUUCCUAAAACACCGUCACCGGAGUGCAUCAGAAUUGUGACAGACUUCUCAAAGAAGACGGGGGACUACAAAAGCCUGUCAGCGGUUGAUAUUCAAGUCAUUGCACUGACAUUCCAGUUGGAAAAAGAAAAUGUUGGAACAGAUCACAUAAAAACUGUACCAGAUAGCAAGAUUAAAUGGACAACCUCCAAGGCAAUGCUUGAGAAGCCAACAUCUAUAGCAGGAUUUUACCUUGCAAAGGGAAACACAAAAAGAACUACAUCAGAAUGCACAGUAACUUCUGACUUGUCAGACUUCCAAGGAAAAGAUGGUCAUUCUGCAUCAAAAGAAGAUCUGACUGACCAAUCAAUCACUCCUCAAGAUAACACAUGUGCCAACCAAUCAAUGAUUGAUAAUAUUAACCAAUCAGAGUCAAAUGAAUUAGAGAAAGACAGUUAUGUAGAUUCAACAGAAACCAAUUUAACAGACCGAGAAGAAAGGGAGGAGGACAUCACUGUGACAGCUGAAAUGCUUGAGGAUGCAGAUGAGGAUGAAGGAAUUGAGGAGGAUGAAGAGGAAGAAGAAGAUGAUGAUGAUGGGUGGAUAACACCCAGCAAUAUUACCACUCUGAAACAGAAGAUGGUCAGUCUCGAUCAUGAGAAAGUGUCGGUGACUGUAGGCUGUUUAACUACAGAUUUCGCAAUGCAGAAUGUGCUUAUUCAGAUGGGACUGAAUGUGAUAUCUGUGGAGGGACUGCUGAUCAGGAGAGCCAAGAGUUUUGUGUUACGAUGCUUUGCAUGCAUGAAAAUAACAAAGGACAUGAUUAAGGAGUUCUGUCCGUACUGUGGAAACAAUACCCUUCAGAAAGUGUCAAUGACUGUUGAAGACGAUGGCAGUAUUCGCUAUUUUCUCUCUCGACGGAAACCCAUAUCUACCAAAGGAAUGAAGUACCAGUUGCCAUUGCCAAGAGGAGGUAAGCAUUCUUACAACCCUGUCCUGGUGGAGGACCAGCCUAUGCCCCAGCAGAGGGCGGCCAAAAAGAAACAACAUCUAGAUGUGUUUGACCCUGAUUUUGUGGUGGGGCAGUCACCGUUUGCUCUGAAUGACAUUAACAGUCGAUCAGCACAGCUUGGAAUAAGAAAUAACCAGUUUAACAAACGUUGCCAGAACUCAAACAGGCAUGGAAGAAGGAAAUAAAUAUUUAUCAUGUA